AUGUUUUGCUCCACUAAUUAUGGUUUAGUUGCUAAUGAAUGGUUUACUUGUAUAGGUGGUGCUUUGGCUUGUUGCUCAGAAUCUGUAGGCAGGCCUGGCACUCGACCAGGAUCUGAAUUCCUGGGAGAACUUGUGGACCCAUCAUAUGUGCCAUAUUUACAGAGCACUUCUAGUCCAGCUCCAAUUUCUGGAAACCUUAAUGAUCCUUCUGUUGGAAAGGGUUUUUUUGGUACUUCUGACGUAGACUUACUUGGGUAUCAAAAAGCAUAUCUUGAAAAAAUUCUUGAGCAGCAGAAAUUGCAGUAUGGUGGGUUAAGCAAAGUUGGUCUGAAUAAUGGCUUAUAUGGACCUGCUGCUUUGGGAGUUGGUAUGCCGUAUCCCUUAACUCCCGUGUCUGGUGCUUUUCUUUCUUCUAUGGGCUCUGGAAAUCAUUUAAGGCUGAGUGGUCGAUUAUCACGCUUCCCCACCAUGCUGCGAAGCGCAAUUGGGGCAUCCAAAGGAUCAUGGGACCGUGAGAAUGGUAUCAUGGAGGAAGAAUUUACAUCAUCUUUACUGGCAGAAUUCAAAAACAACAAAACCAGAUCAUUUGAACUUUCAGACAUAGUAGAUCAUGUAGUUGAGUUCAGUGCUGAUCAAUAUGGAAGCCGUUUUAUUCAGCAAAAACUAGAAAUGGCCACAGUUGAAGAAAAAAACAAAAUAUUUCCAGAGAUCCUUCCUCAUGCACGUGCCUUGAUGACAGACGUAUUUGGAAAUUAUGUCAUACAAAAAUUUUUUGAACAUGGUACAGAGAGCCAGAGAAAUCAGCUUGCCAGUAGACUUUUGGGUCAUGUUUUGCCUCUCAGUCUGCAAAUGUAUGGAUGCAGAGUAAUUCAGAAGGCUUUGGAAGUGGUUGAUGUGAAACAACAGACACAGUUGGUCUCUGAACUUGAUGGUUCAGUCAUGAAAUGUGUCCGUGAUCAGAACGGGAACCAUGUAAUACAGAAGUGCAUUGAGUGCGUUCCGCAAGAAAACAUUAAGUUUAUCAUAUCCGCCUGUUAUGGACAAGUUGUGGCACUUUCUACUCAUCCAUAUGGUUGCAGAGUUAUUCAGAGGAUUCUUGAGCACUGUGAUGAUGCAAAAACACAAUGCAUUAUGAUGAAUGAGAUCCUGCAGUCUAUUUGCACCCUAGCAAAAGAUCAGUACGGAAACUAUGUUGUUCAGGCAAUGAUGAAGGAUCAGUUUGGAAACUAUGUAGUACAGAAGGUUCUGGAGACCUGUGAUGAUCGCAACCGAGAACUCAUAUUGUCACGCAUAAAAGUCCACUUGAAUACGCUUAAGAGGUAUACCUAUGGGAAGCAUAUUGUUGCACGUGUUGAGAAGUUGAUUGCAGCUGGAGAAAGAAGGAUCGGCAUGGCUUCUAGUUAUUGAUCAAGAAGUCAAGAAUUUGUGAAAAUAAUAUUGUAUAUAUUGAUGAGGUCAGUCCACCAGCUUGCAACAGGAGUUUUUGUAUCAGCAGAAAUGACAAAAUCAAAACCAAUAUGGCCUUCUUGAGCUGUAAAUAUAUGUCAGGCCUUCUGUAACAAAUUGUUAUUCCCAUAUUUUCCAUGUAUAUAUUAAGCCUAAGUUGUAAUCAAUCAGUUUUAAUAUCAAACUAAUAGCAGAGUUAAGGAAAGUGAACAGUAGAUGUUUGACCUACAGGUUUUUCUGAACUGUAUAGUUAAGCAGAUUGUAACAAAGAGAUUGUACAAGUUUGCAGGUAUUCUUCAUGCAAAUUACAGUUCUGCAUCACCUGACAUU